AUGGGGAGGUGUCUCCUAUCACCAACCGUGACGACGCCCUGGAAAUUCUGCCAGAAACCCAGUCCGAUUCUGCAUUAUGGCAGCUUUAAAGUUCCGAAUUGCAGGAGUUUUGAUGGAAAUAAUUUUGGUUGUUUGAGGGGUAUCGGAGGUGGGAUUUCCGGGAUUUCAUCUACUACUAAAGCGAUGAAAACUAGGAGAUUAUUAUGCACUAAAAGUGUGUUGUCUGAAGUUAAUAAUCCAUCUCGAAAGCAGUACUCCAGAGUUGGUGCUGAGUCAACUGGCCCAAUUUCUUCCAAACAGCUUCUUCAAGUCGUUCAAACUGCUGCUGAGACUGGUGCUCAGGUUGUCAUGGAAGCAGUGAAUAAGCCUCGAAAUAUUACCUACAAGGGACUCACAGAUCUGGUGACCGACACAGAUAAAAUGAGUGAAGAUGCAAUUCUAGAUAUUGUGAGGAAGAAUUUUCAAGAUCACUUAAUUCUCGGGGAGGAGGGAGGGCUUAUUGGGGAUUCUUCUUCUGAAUAUCUUUGGUGCAUUGAUCCAUUAGAUGGGACCACAAACUUUGCUCAUGGUUAUCCCAGCUUUGCAGUGUCUGUUGGAGUCUUAUUCAGAGGGAAACCCGCAGCUGCGAGUGUGGUAGAAUUUGUCGGUGGCCCCAUGUGCUGGAAUACUCGCACAUUUUCUGCAGCUUCUGGUGAAGGCGCAUUUGCCAAUGGUGAAAAGAUUCAUGUCAGUCAAACAGAUAAGGUGGAACGAUCACUUCUGGUGACUGGUUUUGGUUAUGAACAUGAUGAUGCAUGGGCUACCAACAUUGAUUUGUUUAAGGAAUUCACAGACAUCAGCAGGGGUGUUAGAAGGCUCGGAGCUGCUUCUGUUGACAUGUGCCAUGUCGCUCUGGGUAUUGUUGAAGCCUACUGGGAAUAUCGUCUGAAACCCUGGGAUAUGGCAGCUGGUGUAUUGAUAGUUGAGGAGGCUGGAGGAUCAGUUUCUUGCAUGGAUGGUGCUAAGUUUUCAGUUUUUGAUAGAUCAGUCUUGGUAUCAAAUGGUGUUUUGCAUUCAAAGCUUCUGGAGAAAAUUGGUCCUGCGACGGAGAGAUUGAAGGACAAAGGGAUUGACUUCACAAGGUGGUUCAAGCCGGAAGAUUACCACGCAGACCUUUGA